AUGAUUAUCAAGCCACGUCCGAGAAUAAUGCCGGCGGACUUUUCGAACCGUUACGAUCUGGGAACCUUCAAGAAGAGAGACUCUUUUCUGGCCUACGCAUUUACAAGCCCUCCGGAGCUGGAGUUGUUGAGCUAUGCGAGCCUCGUACAAUUACUCGACAGCCAUUUCAAGCCGAAGCAAUGCUCGUUUGUGGACAAGGCGAAUUUUUAUGGAGCGAACAGAGGGUCAGGCGAAUCAUUGGGAGAAUGGGCGGCGCGACUAAGAGGACUCGCAAGCUAUUGCGAUUUCGGCACCGCUCUGGAAACGAACUUAAGGGAUCGUUUCGUUCUCGGCCUGGGCCCAGGUCCAGAACGCGACAAGUUGUUCGAGCAGAAUCCGUCUACACUUACGCUGACACGUGCUAUCGAGCUGGCUGAACAGGCAGCUUGCGCCAAACAGGCGAUGGGAAUGAUGUGCAACAGUGAAGCUAUCCCUUUUAAGGAGGAGCCGGUAUAUCGAGUGCGAGAUCAACGUCAACCCGGUCGGGUCAGUGGUGCUCGGCGGGCAGACGGCGGGUAUUCUGCCUCAUCGCGCUGCGCUGUUUGUGGGAUGCAAAAUCACCAAAGUGAGAAGUGUCGUUACAAAAGCUACAAAUGUCAAAAGUGUGGAAAGAAGGGUCAUUUAAAGAAAGUGUGCAACAAACCUAAGAACCAAUGUUUAUAUCUUGUCAAUUCGCACACCGAAUCUGAUCAAAAGGAGGAAUCAGAUUGUGGGGAAUGCCAAAAUUUUAAUUUAAGGAUCGUGUACGACGUGCGCAAGCGUGCGGACGGCGCCGCCACGGGACCCCCCCCGCACACUGGCCCGCCGCCGCUGGCCCGUGGCAGCGCGUACAUAUCGACUAUA